AUGCCCGCACUACUCAGCAUUCUGGACCGUUUAUCCACAAACAGCCAAUCUUCAAAACCGUGUCCCCCGAUCCUAAUCCGGGAAAAGUUCGCAAUCGGUAAUAAUUAUAACCGAUGGGAGAAGCAAACACAAAUCUACCUUCGACACUUUCCACAUGAGAAACACGCCGACCUGGUGUAUAGCCUGCUCACUGGCGAAGCAUUCAAUAUUGUCUCCGAAUUCCGAAUUCUAGAUGACAAGGUAACAGACGACACCUUUAAGGGGAUUCGACAACUCUUAGACACCCCCAAACUAGUGAUGGAGUACCGGAGGGAGUUUCACUCCCGCCGGCAACUGGCUGACGAAAACGUCCGCGCCUACGUUCGAACUCUGCGACAUUCAGCAGACCGCGCAUUUCCAAACCUGUCCAGCUCUGAACGCGAUCGGCGGAUCCUAGAACAACUUGUCGAGGGCACAUCAUCCACCAGCGUCCAAAAAGAGUUCUAUCUUCAACACCCCCAAGAAUUAAACGAAGCCGUUGAAAGGGUCGAACUGUUGAAGAGACGCGACGCAACAAUAGCCCGCCAGAGCGGAGCGCAGUCCCCUCACACACCUUAUUCUUUCCAUGUUGGAACUCCCCGAUACGCACCACCGCGAAGUACAGCCAACUCCCGCCGACCCGGACGUUGGACUUGGCGGGGCCGACGUGGCCAACGAGGGCCUUGGAGCGGAACCAGAAGAGGUGAGCCCCCAUCAAAUAUCACCACCCCAGUCUCAUCCACUUCUCCCUACGUGCCGUCCCUCGUCGCUCCACUGACAUUCUAA